UGACGCAAUCACGACGCGACGCUUCCCUUACCCAGGGUCUCGAUGACUCCAGCGCAGGCGCGGGCGGCCCUUCGAGGUCAGGGUGGCAGCGGCACUACCAAUCGAAGGCUGAGAUGCUCUAGAAGGGUUGGAUAGAAGUUCCAGGCAAUAAUCAACGCGUCACCAAGGAGAUGUCUGGGGGAUCAUGCCUGAGGGGAAACCAUCAGAAGUGUCACUGGAAAAAGCUGAGGACAAGAAGGAGGAAUGGAAGUUGGGGAGUCAAGAUGGAGCAAAGAGACAAGAGGCGAGACAAAUGCAGAAGCCGGGGGAUGAAUCCAGUUCUCCUCAAGAUGGUGAAAAUAAAAUUCAAGGGAAUACUUAUCACCUAAAGGAAAUGAAAAUGUCUCCUGAAUGCAGUAAAAUCUUAAGUUGUGAAAAAACCCUGAGUACACAUCAGAGAAGGCAUGCGAAAGAGAAACCAUAUACAUGUUUGAAAUGUGAGAAGGGAUUUUUUUAUGAAGUGAGCCUUGUUAGACAUCAGACAGUUCACACCAGAGAGAAACUAAAUACAUCCUUCGGCUGUGGGGAAAGUGUCAGUCAGAGUGGAAGUCUUGCUUCCCUUAAAAAAAACCACAUAGGGGAGAGAAUCUACACAGCAGAGAAAUCAUAUACAUGCUUGGAGAAUGGCAAGAGCUUUAGGCAGGUUUAUCAACUGGCUAGACAUCAGAGAAGUCACAUGUGGGGGAAAUCAUAUACAUGCCCUGGCUCUGGGAAACAUUUUACUCAGAGAUACAAUCUGAUGAGUCACAAAGAAGAGAAAUCAUAUGCAUGCUCUGACAGGGGAGAACAUUUUAGCAACAGCUCAAAUCUUACUGUACAUAAGAGAGUGCAUAUAGAUGAGAAACCAUAUAAAGCAUUGGAGUGUGGAGAGAGCUUCAGACUGGGCACACAUCUCAAUUCACAUCAAGGAAUUCACAGAGAGGAGAAAAAGUAUGAAUGCUUAGAGUGUGGAAAGAGAUUUCAUCUUAGGUCAGGCCUUACUUCACAUAAAAGAGUGCACACAGGAGAGAAGCCAUAUCAAUGUUUGGAGUGUGGAAGGAGCUUCAGUCACAGUACCUCCCUUAAGCUGCAUCACAGAACUCAUACAGGAGCCAAACCUUACAGAUGCUUGGAGUGUGGAAAAGGUUUCAGUCAAAGUGUCUCCCUUACAAGACAUCAAAGAACUCAUACAGGGGACAAACCUUAUAAAUGCUUGGAGUGUGGAAAGAGUUUCAGUCAGCCUUGCCAGCUUUCUUUCCAUCAAAGAACUCAUACAGGAGAAAAACCUUAUAAAUGUUUGGAAUGUAGAAAGAGCUUCAGUACAAGUGGUGCCCUUACUUCACACCAAAGAACUCACACAGGGGAAAAACCUUAUAAAUGCUUGCUGUGUGGAAACUGCUUCACUCAGAGUGGCACUCUUACUAGACAUCAAAGAACUCAUACAGGGGACAAACCUUAUCAAUGCUUGGAGUGUGGAAAGAGCUUCAGUCGGAGUACCUCUGUUACUUUACAUCAAAGAUCUCAUACAGGAGACAAACCUUAUAAAUGCUUGGAGUGUGGAAAGAGCUUCAGUGACGGUAGCACCCUUACUAAACAUCAAAGAACUCAUACAGGGGAGAAACCAUAUAAAUGCUUGGAGUGUGGAAAGAGCUUCAGUCGGAGUACCUCUGUUACUUUACAUCAAAGAUCUCAUACAGGGGACAAACCUUAUAAAUGCUUGGAGUGUGGAAAGAGCUUCAGUGACGGUAGCACCCUUACUAAACAUCAAAGAACUCAUACAGGGGAGAAACCAUAUAAAUGCUUGGAGUGUGGAAAGAGCUUCAGUGACGGUAGCACCCUUACUAAACAUCAAAGAACUCAUACAGGGGAGAAACCAUAUAAAUGCUUGGAGUGUGGAAAGAGCUUCAGUCGGAGUACCUCUGUUACUUUACAUCAAAGAUCUCAUACAGGGGACAAACCUUAUACAUGCUUGGAGUGUGGAAAGAGCUUCAGUGACGGUAGCACCCUUACUAAACAUCAAAGAACUCAUACAGGGGAGAAACCAUAUAAAUGCUUGGAGUGUGGAAAGAGCUUCAGUUGGAGUACCUCUGUUACUUUACAUCAAAGAUCUCAUACAGGGGACAAACCUUAUAAAUGCUUGGAGUGUGGAAAGAGCUUCAGUGACAGUAGCACCCUUACUAAACAUCAAAGAACUCAUACAGGGGAGAAACCAUAUAAAUGCUUGGAGUGUGGAAAGAGCUUCAGUUGGAGUACCUCUGUUACUUUACAUCAAAGGUCUCAUACAGGGGACAAACCUCAUAAAUGUAUGGAGUGUGGAAAGAGCUUUAGUCAGAAUGGCGGUCUUCAGGUACAUCAACGGAUCCAUACAGGGGACAAACCUUAUGAAUGCCUGGAGUGUGGAAAAACUUUCAGUUACAGUAGUUCCCUUACUUCACAUCAAAGAACUCAUACAGGGGACAAACCUUAUCAAUGUCUGGAGUGCGGGAAGAGUUUCAGUUCAAAUGGUGCACUUACUUCACAUCAAAGAACUCAUACAGGGGACAAACCUUAUAAAUGCUUCGAGUGUGGGAAGAGCUUCAGUCACAGUAACUCCUUUAGUUUUCAUCAAAGAACUCAUACAGGGCACAAACCUUAUGAAUGCUUGGAGUGUGGAAAGAGCUUUAGCCAGGGUAGCACCCUUGCUACACAUAAAAAAAUAUCACACCUUCAGGAAAAGAUAUAACUGUCCAGAGUGUGGAAAGAGUUCAGCGUGCCUGCUCUAUUUUGCAUCCACGUAUUCUCAGGAUGCAACACCUUUAAUCAGCUUGCCAUUUUUCAUUCACAUCAAAGGAUCCUUAAGGGGAAAAAUCAUAAAAUGCUGAGAAAGUGGAAAGAGCUUCAGUCAUAGAUGCUAGGUUAUAUACUCACAUAUGAGAAUAUCUCCAUAUGAGAGAGUGGCAUAAUAGUUACAUUCACACUAGUGGGAAACUGGCCAUUCACCUCUCAGUACAUCUCUCCUAUAUAAUAUAUCCAUCUGGUAGAUACUAGUGUCAGGAAUCAUUAGAAAUAUUUGAACUGUUAGAAAACCUCCACUGCAGAUGGUUACUGGGCUCAGUUUUGGGGCAAAUCUGUGUGGAUAGUGAAGUAGAACGAAAGAGCUGUGGUGCAGAAUGAAAGAAAAUGAAAGAGAGUGAGAAGCAGAAAUGCUGAGAAUGUCUUAGUCAGACUAAAUGUGAAGAUAGAAAAUUUGUUACUCCAUGUGACUAGCAAUACCAAGAGACCUUUGUGAGUCUCCCUGUAUCCUAACAAGGCUUAAGAUCAUGUCAGCAUCUAAAAUGAUGGGACACUGUUUGUCCCAUGACCUGUCAUUUCUUAAUGCAAAACUGAAUAUUUGGUAAGAAAAUGUGAGGUGAGAGAAAAUGUCAAAUCAGAAUGCAGAAAAAUGUGGAUGUCUGUGGGGAUGAAAAGAAGACUGCACUCAGUGCUAGAACUCCCUAGUAUAUAGCAGUUGAAUCCGCUUUUCAGCAAAAAGUAUCUCGGAGCACCUUUACAAUCCAUGAAAGUAAGGUAGUCCCUUCCAACAGGCUUACAGUGUGAAGAAAGGCUGACACAUGAGGAAAAAGGCAACAACAAAAAGUGGCUAGCAUCCAAACCAGGAAAAAGAAGAAGGGGCCAAAGCCAAGAUGCUGGAAAAAUAGAAAUUUAUUCUA